CUGCAGUUGACUUUUACCACGCACAGUUCAUCCUUGACCUCCUUUCAACAAUAAAAAUACUCUCCGUCCUAAAUUUUAAAGAAAACCUGAUUUAUUUUCAAUUUUAACUCGAAGAAAGAAACGUGAGUUAUUAACCAAAUAAAAUACCAAUUCAUUAAAUACUGCACUUCGUCUUACAUAUUUAAUAAAAACGAGCAGAAUGUAUUUAGUUUAAAUUGAAGUGAAGUUAAAUCAGAGUCCUCAACCUUAAAUAAAAUCAGUGCAUACAAUAAAUAUAUUUACUGUAAAACACUUACUGUAAAACAUUUUCAAAAACAAUAUAUUGUUUUUGACAGUAGGAACUCAACAAAUCCUGAAUCCAUAUCAAUAUGAAACCUGAAACGAAACGGGAAUGUUCAAUGUGCUCGAAAAUGUUUAAAAAUAAUUAUGAGUUGACCAGACACAUCCUCUGGCACAAUCAUGAAGCCAAGGUCAAAUGUGAGAUUUGUGGCAAAAUGUCCAAAAACAUAGUCGCCUUAUCUUCGCACAUUUGGAGUACUCACAAUAACCGGAAACGACCACGUUGUGACAUCUGUAACCGGGUGUUUUCCUCCGCUAAAACCUUGCGUACCCAUACAAACACCGUUCACAGCACGAGGGAACGACCCCGUUUCCCAUGUACGUUUCCCGGCUGUGAGAAAACCUUCCUAACCAAGGGACACCUUUCGCACCACACGAAGAUUGAACAUUCCGAGAAUCCCGUCCGAUUUCCGUGCACACUUUGCGGAAGGGAAUUCAAAACCAGAGGUGUCCUUGAGGGUCACAUUCACACCCACACGACGGAGAAGCCAUUUAAAUGUGCCACUUGUGGCAGAAGUUUCGCCCGCAAACGGCACCUGAAAAGUCACGAGAUGACGCAUUUGGAAAAAUCUGCUCGAGACAUGUUAGAGUGCCAUCUCUGCCCUCAGACCUUGUUAAGUAAAGAAGGUCUACAACACCACGUUCGAGCUGUGCAUGAAAAUCGGCGGAAUUAUGCCUGCGCAUUUUGUGACAAGAGAUUCUCCGGCUCGUCGGACUUAAAGCGUCACGUGGAAGGGAGCCAUGCCACUAAUGAAGAGCUCAUCCAUUCCUGCGACAGAUGCGAGUUCAACACCCACUCGAAAUACAAUCUGGCCGCUCACAAAUUACGCCAUAAGCCAGCCGGGCGUGGAUGUUAUUUCUGUGGGAAGAAAUUCUUCCGCUUUGCCGAAUUGGUCAUGCAUUGAAGAGUUCACACGCUAGAAAAUUCAAAAUACUUGUGUAUUUAGAUCCAUAAUUACGUAUGUAUGUACAUACAUAUAUCGUGGCAUCCUUGUGUAUGGAAUGACAUAAAUAAUUUUCGAUUUUUUAUAACUUUAUAUGAAUUCAGUUGACACUUUCCAAAAAUAAAUUCAAUCGUUUUUA